UAUCUUUGUUGCACUUUACUUGAGUCUAGCCCUAGGUGGAGCUACGUUCGACUUCUGGGGAAUUCGAAAUUUGGUGUGAAAUAGAAUAAAGAAAAAGAAAAAACAUGCGCAAUGGCACUUACAGAAAUAACCUCACCACGUGUAAACAAACAACAACAACAACAAACCUUUUCAAAUUCAAACUUCUUGCAGUUUGGGUCGCAGUACGCUGAAUAAGUUUUCCUUUUUUUAUAAUACAAAGUGAGUUCGAGUAUGGCUGCAAAAAGUUGUAUAGUCUGUGGAGACACCGAGUUCGAAGUGAAGAAAUUAUUUUGUUUUCCAUCAAAUCCAGGAAGAUGUGAAUCGUGGAUGAAAAUUCUAGGUUUCAAAAACACCCAAUUUAAAAAACACCAUCGAAUUUGUGAUAAGCAUUUCAGCAACGAAGCUUACAUGGACUUGAGGUUAUUAAAACUGAAGAGAGAUGCUAUUCCUAUAGCAUGGGUAAUUCCUUCAUUUCCAGUUCUAGCAAAAGAGGGAGACACUAUGCCUUCUGUAAUUGAAGACGUAUUUCCAGUUGAAUCUAGUUCUUCAACAUUAUCUUCAUCAGUUCUAGCUAAAGAGGGAAACACUAUACCUUCUUCGAAUGAAAAGGAAUUUGCAUCUAGGACUUCAACAAUUCCUUCAUCAGAUGCACAAGAUCCUACCCCUAGCGCAUCUUCAUCAGCAUGCCCAAGUACACCACAUGGGAGGUCUAGGGCGAAGAUAUUCCGUAAUAUUGAUAAUUUUACCUUAUCAAAUUCUACCCCUAGAAAGAUGAAGUUGGUUGAUCUUAUUCGGAAAAAGGAAGACCAACUACGCAAAGUUAAAGCUCUGUGUAAAAAGAGAAACCACACCAUCAAUAGUAUCACGAACCUAUCUGAUGAGGGAGUGGUAAGGAACCUUUUUAAGGACAUGCCGUCAGUGACGGCUAAUUUUAUGCUAUCCCAAAUCAGGAAUUUUAAAGCAAAGAGUGCCAAUGCACGAAGAUGGACCCUUGAUGACAAAAUCAUUGCUCUUUCCCUUUUCAAGAGGAGUCCCCGGUGCUAUAACCUCCUCAGAAAAUUUGCGGCCCUACCAAGCAAAAACACAAUAUUAAAGUUGUUGAAAAUGGUUCCGUUCAAAGUUGGAAUCAACGAAAGCAUUUUCAAUCAACUGAAUGAGAAUCUCCCCAAGGACAUACAUCAGAGAUGCUGUGCCCUUUUAUUUGAUGAAAUGGACAUCAAAGAAGGUGUCCAGUAUGAUAUGGGGGAAGACAAAAUCCUUGGUUUUGAGGAUUUUGGAGAUACUAAUUUCAGUAAAAGGCUUGCCACAAAAGCGUUAGUGUUCAUGCUGGUAGGGUUGGGUAAAAAUUGGAAGCAGCCAGUGGCCUACUAUUUCAGCCAUAGGGGUUGUAAUGCUGCAGAGUUGAAAAAAUGUCUAUUAGAAGUUCUCUCUGCAGCAAAACAUGUUGCCAAAGUGGACGUUGCUGUUACAGUCUGUGAUAUGGGUACAAGUAAUGUGAGGUGCAUCAAAGAACUUGGUGCUACUAAAGAAACACCUUUCUUUUUUUUUGAAAACUCAAAAGUUCAUUGCAUGUUUGAUCCACCUCACUUAUUGAAAUGUACCUAUUCUCUAUUUCGUAAGCACAAUGUUAGUCUUCCUGUAACCAUUGGCGAAACCAUCUUGAAUAAAGUUGCCAAAUUUCAGGAUGUCAUUGCAGCUUACGAAAUAGAUAAUAGAAAUACAAUCGUUUUCAGGACUUUAUGGAAAAUAAAAGCCACAUACCUGAAACCCAUAUUGCAGUAUGCAAUGAAGGUGAAUAUAGCUGCCAAAGUAAUGAGCCACACAGUUGCAGCAUACAUAUUUUCCUUGAUUAGUGCAGGGCAAAUGAACCCCGAGGCCAUUGGGACUGCUUCCUUCAUAAAAGAGGUGGACACACUGUUUGACAGUAUGAAUGGCAAGUCAGAUGAUGGUCCCUUUGGGUCCAUUGAGUGUCCGCUCACCCCACAUCCAAUAUUGGGAGGAGGAAUCACAAAGGAUUAA